AUGCAGCUCAGCCGUGAAACUCCCUCUGGACCGCGACUUGCAACAUCACCUUCUUACCCUCCACGGAGACCUGCGAAGACUCUCAGCUUCCCUCCAGCUGGCACUGUUCGGACAACGAGAAACUUCGUACUCAUGUUGGUAUUACUGGCUUUGCUCCUCAACACCCUGGCUACAGGACCGCAGCUCAGGGGCAUUACUUUUGUUUCGUUCUUCUCAUUUACCGGCCGGCAAGGGUCUGUGCCCACGAUACAGGAAGGGCCAGCCACCAUCGACACGAAUGGUGUCUACAUACGAGCAGCACGUUUGAACGAUGGCAGUCUCAUCGCAGGGUACACGCAAACAACCCCAACCCACAAAAUCCUCUUGACAUCUCGAUCCGUCGACAACGGCCAAACGUGGACUCCCCACGGCGAAGUCUUCAGAGCAGACAGGACGACACAUGACUGCGAUAAUGCUUUCCCCAUGCAACUUGCCAAUGGACGAAUACUCUUCGCUUGGCGCAACCACCAAAAGAACGAGAAUGGAAGGUAUACCUACUUCCGCAUCUCCGUCUGUUUUUCCGACGACAAUGGCGUGACCUUCAAGUAUCUCUCCGCCGUGGACGAGCGCCAUAUGCAGGGAAUCAAUGGUCUCUGGGAGCCCUACCUGCGCAUCGAUAGGAGCGGAAACGUGCAAUGCUACUACUCGGCGGAGAAUGGCCCUCCUGAUCAGGACGGUAUCAUGCGUAUCUCGCAGGAUGGCGGUCAAACUUGGGGUGAUCGCAUUCUGGUCUCUGGACAUGGCGUUGCUUCUCGAGACGGCAUGAUAGGCUGCGCACCCACCGAUGACGGGUCAAAUCUGAUGUGAGUGCUCAAGUCAUACACUCAUCAUGUUGCAGCGAGCAUCCCUGUCUAGCAUGCCGAGCUAAGAAUUUUCCUAGCUGCGUCUUCGAGAGCACGGAAGUGGGCCACUUCACCGUGUCAGCUGUCUUUUCUCACGAUGAUGGCCAAACCUGGGGCGAGCGUCGACAGAUAUACACGCCGCGGAAUGGUACUGGCUGCGACGGGAAGCCUAUCGUCGCUGGCGCUCCACAGAUAUCCAACAUGCAGGGCACACUUGUGCUGAGCUUUAUGACGAACGAAGAUCACGAUGACUGCCAUGGUUAUGACGGCGGAGAUAUGAAAGUCAUCACAUCGACAGACGGCGGGCAUACCUGGAGUAAGAGCUACAUUGUCGGGCCUGCGCCCGCUCAUUGGGGUGGGAUAUUCCGUCUGGACCGGAGACAUUUCUUGGCGUUAUACUCGCGAGAUGGGCACGGAGCUUUGGGUCAGAAAGUUUUGCUUUCAUGA